AGCUUCCUCAAUCGCAUGCAAGCUGCCUGGCGGGAGAGUGAGGAGAACGAUAAAUGUAUGAAUUAAUAAACGGAAAUUUGGUUUGCAGCGGGGAGUUCAAUAUUACUUAAACUUAAAUUGCUGCUCUCUUCUUGAGUACAUUUUAAAAAUCUAAAUUCUGAGCGCUGAGGAAAAGUAUCCGGCCAGUGUUAAAGAAUGAUUGGCCGUUUGCUUGAACACUUACAACAAUAGUUAGCUAGCGGCUAAUAUUGUUGGUCAGUUAGCUAUACAGCAAGAUUGUUUGCGAACUGCUGGAUCAUUUCCUUGUGAACUGUUAUUCAUCGUACUUCAAAUACGUUUUAAAGUCGAAAACUACAUGGUCAUCCAAUAACCUGUCAGAUCUAUCUUGCAUUCAUUUUGUUAGCUUUGCUAGUUUGGGUCUUCACACUAUUCGGUUAAACCAGUCACGUUCAGUUAUGGCGAAAGUUCAAGUGUUAAAUGUCGCGGUUCUGGAUAACCCGAGUCCGUUUGGCAACCCCUUUCAGUUCGAAAUGACAUUUGAAUGCAUGGAGGACCUACCAGAAGAUCUGGAGUGGAAGAUCAUCUACGUGGGCUCGGCGGAGAGCGAGGAGUACGAUCAGACUCUGGAUUCGGUUCUGGUGGGCCCGGUUCCUGCAGGGAGGCAUAUGUUUGUCUUUCAGGCGGACGCGCCGAACACGGACCUGAUCCCCGAGACGGACGCGGUGGGCGUGACGGUGGCGCUGAUCACCUGCACGUACCGCGGCCAGGAGUUCAUCCGCAUCGGCUACUACGUCAACAACGAGUACACGGACCCAGAGCUGCGAGAGAACCCGCCCGUCAAACCAGACUACUGCCAGCUCCAGAGGAACAUUCUGGCGUCAAACCCGCGCGUGACGCGCUUCCACAUCAACUGGGAAGGCUGUGCCGACAAGAUGGAGGACUGCGAGAACGUGGAUCCUGCCCCCAACGCCAUGUUGCCCCCUUCCUGUGCCUCGGGGAAACCCCCGGCCCUUGGGCUCAUGCCCGACAACUCCAUGGACUGUUUGUAGACGUUUGACCGAAGAAACAAGCAAACACGCAUACGCUGUCCCUCAAGCACUGCUGUAGAGGAAGAAUGUAUGCAUCACACACCCAUACACUCGCACACACGCACAUAAAAAAAAAAAGUACGCACUCAGUCUAAUCUGUGGGAUAGGAAGGAGGGUAAAGACAUUCACACGCACGCGCGUGUGCACACUGCAUCACAACUCCCUGCACUUCUCGAAGAGGAAGGAGACGACAGAUCUCCUACACGGAUACACGCGUGCGCCUGUACGUUUGCCAACACGCUCUAGUCCUACACAGAAUCACACAGACUGACUGGAUGCCCAGAAUCUCUGCUACUCCUGCAACUGAGGAACCAUUCUUCUCAAUGCACUCUUUACCAGGAGGACGAGCAGAGACGAAAAAGACAGAGAAAAGUGAAGCGAGAAUUUCAUGUGCGUGCGGACACACCUAAAAGGAGUAUAAUAGAAUUUUGAUGGUGGCUUAGCGAUGUCUUUUAGUUUUGCCUUUUGACGUUAACUGGAAACGGGGAGGUGUGGGAUCUGUACUUGUGCAUGAAGGUGUUUAAUUAUUGUUAACUGUAUAUACGUUCUUAUUUUGUUUUGUUUUUUGUAACCCACAUUUGUAUUGAAAAUGGCCAUGCAUCUUUAUGCAAUGGGAUGUUUUUUUUUUUUUUUAAAUACCCAAGAAGAGCUUUAUAAUUCUUGUUAUGAUGGUAAAUAAAUGUAUUUGUAUGCA